AUGAAUGCUCCCAAUGGCAACGUUAACAACAGCUCAUUAACAGGAGGAUUUCUUCUCACAGCUGCUGGUACAAUUGGAAUAAAGACUUAUCAAGCAAUACUCUUUUUCUUGAUUUAUGUAAUUACCCUACUGGGCAAUUUUACAGUCUUAUUAGUAGUUUUCUUUGAUAAAACUCUCCAUACUCCCAAACAUUUUUCCAUUUGUAACCUAGCAAUAGUGGACAUUGGCUUAAAUACUGUUAUAAUCCCCCAAGUAGUUUCUGUCCUAAUCUUUACAGUGAAUUUUAUUUCAUAUGAGGGCUGUUUCUCUCAGAUGUUCUUUAUACACUUUUUUGGUGACAUGGGAUCCUUCUCCCUUGCUGUUUUGGCUUAUGAUCGUCUUAUUGCUAUUUGUUUUCCACUUCACUAUUCCACUUUAAAUACAAACAUCCGUAUGAUACUCAUUAUUGCAGGAACUUGGGCUGUGGUUUUCUGCUUGGAUAUGUAUCAGGUAUUAGAGGCUGCAAAACUGCCUUAUUGUGGAUCAAGGAUUAUCAGAGGUUUUUUCUGUGAACAUGGCUUUGUAUAUGUGUUAGCAUGCAUAGAUACCUCUUUUAACAGAAAGCUUGGAACUGGUAAAACACUUGUUGCUUUGCUUUUUCCAUUAUUUUUCAUUUUAAGUACAUAUAUGAUUAUUUUGUUUAUUGUUCUAAAAAUUGCCUCCAUUGAGCAGCGCCAAAAAGCCUUUCAGACUUGCUUAUCUCAUUUGCUGUGUGCAUUUGUUUAUUAUAUUCCCAUUAUAUUAACUUAUAUUCUCGCAAAUCUACGUUUAAUAACAUCACUUGAUGUGUUGACAUCAUUGCUUAUAACCACUGUCAUUUUACCACCCAUGUUAAAUCCAAUAAUCUAUUGGUUUAACACUGAAGAAUUGAAAGUAAAAUUGCUACAUUUUUUUAAAAGAAAUAAAACAUUUCCUAGGUAA